AUGAAGGCCGUGUCGAUAAGGCAGCUGAGCGCCAUAAUCAUCCUAGAUAGUUAUGGGAAUCGAAUAGCAGUGAAGUACUACAACGACCAGCUCCCACCGAAGGGCGAAAGCAAAUUAAUCCACAACAGCUCAAGCAAAGACUCGAUAAACAGCCCGUUCGAGGAUACGUAUAACAACUUGCGCACAGUGGAAGACCAGAAAUUAUUUGAAAAUGACAUAACGGAGAAAGCUAAGAAGCUGGGUGGGAACUCCAGCGAAACGGAAGUGUUAGUGCUCAAUAAAUUCACCAUUCUCUAUCUGCUAAUAAAUGAUGUGAGCAUCUACAUCGUAGGAGACGAGAGUGAUAACGAAAUUAUUUUGCAUGAGAUUAUGCAGACGGUGCAGCAGUGCCUAGACAAUGUCACUAAUAAUCAGAUCGGGAAGAAACAACUCCUGGACAAACUGGACUCAAUUUAUUUAAUCCUCGACGAAAUUGCCGAUAGCGGAAUCAUUAUGGAGACCAACCCGAAUGUCAUUAUAAAUCGAUUGUAUAUGCACGAGAGCGACUUGCAUGAGCACACCCCCCUCAACCAGGCCAUCUCCUCGGCUAAAGAGAAUAUAAUUCGCAGUUUGCUCAGCGGCACGUAG